AUGGCCCCUCUGAUCAUUCCUCGUGGGAAUGUUUCUCCAUCGAAUUCUGAGCUCCUCCAUAAUACUAUUGGUUUUGUGAUUCCUUCUUUCGUCUUGUUCGGUUUUCGCAUUCUCAAUGCUACCUGGGUUAUGGCUAGGAUGAGAUUUGAAGAUUGGCUCAUGUGUGUCACAAUGUGCUUCUAUACAGUUCUCUUGAUUUUGAUUAAUGUUUCUGCUCGUUAUGAAACCAAUUUGUUCCCUCCAGAGCAGCUGGCUUCAAUUAUGGCUGACCCUGCCGACGUGGCUUCGCGCAUUUAUGGCUCUAUCAUUGUCAUUCCGCUUGAACAAUGCAUGCUUGCUUCUACCUGGUGCGUGAAGAUUUGCAUUUGGCUCUUCUUGUGGCGUCUUUGUCGCAAUCUUCCAAGUUUGCAAAUGGCACUCAAGAUUCUCAUGGGUUACAUCGCUAUUGGCUAUGUCGUAAUCAUGUUCGUCUACUACAUUGGUGUCUGUCGUCCAUUCAAACAAUACUGGGCAGUUCCGGUUCAAGAUGAGCAAUGUGCGACAUACCAGCAUUAUUCCAUCGUUCAGAUGGUUUUCAACAUUAGUUCUGAUUUAGGUUUGAUCCUCAUUCCACUCUGGAUGUUUUACAUUGCACGUCUUCCACCUAUGCGCAAAGCUAUCUUGAUGGGCGUCUUUUCUCUCGCUGUCUUCACAAUUCUUGCGGCUAUCUUGAACAAAUACUACAACUUCUCGAGCCCUAUGACAACAACUUAUCAACUUUGGUACAUUCGCGAAUCCUCAGUUGCUAUCUGGGUAGGAAAUCUCAUUUGCUGCUGGCAAAUUGUUCAAAAGAUCUUCAAGGCUCGCUCUUUCGAUAAUCAAAAAGCAGAGAUUGAGAUGCACCCAGAAAUGAUUGCUCGUAUGCAAAAUCCUUCAAAUUACACUGAGAAUGGUAGCCCAAAGCCAAAAGACUGGAUGGAUCAACUCAUUGCUCGUCGCAAGGCACUUGGGGAACUUCUCUCUGUUGCUACCCGCUCACGCUUUACCACCCGUGCUACUGGCCGCUCGGGAGCACCUUUGAACUCUUCUAGUGAACAAACUGCUCUUGCUAACUCUCGUGGAGAUCCUGUCUCUAUGAUGACAAUGGAAAAGGGUGACGAGGAGGCAAUAUCGCCAACUCUAGCUUACAGAGAGAAUGAGAAAAUUGCCUAAGCAGUCUUCUCAUUCUUACCUACGUCACUCUAUAACUCGACUUGAACUUUUCGAACUGGGCUAUGAUAGAGCUGACCGCUUGGUACACUUUAUGAUGUUUGAUGAUUUUACGAGUUCUGACAAAAGAUGAUACACGGUGGUUAUUAGAAGAGGAGUUAGAAACGGAUGGUGGUUUAAUUGCUUUACUUCUAUAGUUGAUGUUUUCGAAUCACCUGUUUUCUCUAUAAGGAUGUUCCAUUGACUCUCCUGUACUUUGUAACUCUAGUUGCCGAGUCGCGCAAAUGCUCGAAUAUGGUG